UACAUGAAAUUUACAUGGUGUGGUCUACACAUGAUAUACAGCAACAUGAUGUAUAAUUAGUAAGUGUUCUCUGGUGACACAUAGUGGACAGGAGGUGAUAGUUAUCUCCUACAUGCUAUGGCCAUUAUUAAUUAAAAUGCAUAUCCAUGUCAGGUGCCCUCUGAUAAAUGUAUUGCUGUAUGGUGUUGCUCUGCAAUAACUGUGGUUUGACUGCGGCACACCCCGAUGAGAGUGAAGGAGCGAGGGCCCGAUUAUCACUGCUUGUAUCUUCAAUUAAAUCUGCAUUUGUAGUUAUAUUUGCCACUUAUGUCUCCAAAUUGGGCUUUAAUGAUGAUGUAAGUAGCCAGAGACCAUUUUGAGUAUUUACUAGAGACAAAUGAUUUUUCUACACUUGACAUCUGUGUGGAAUAGUUCACCUUGAUGUAGAAGAGCAGAGAAAGUCAGAUACCAUUAAAUACCAGCGCCAAGUGGGAAUAUUUUAAUAAUGAAUGAAUGUUUCCCCCAUUUUUGGAGAGAUCUUACAGAGUCAGUAUGCUUUAACUGAAGUGUUUGUCAGAUGGUCAAACAGUGUUUGAAACCAUUGGGUUGGAGCUUUCCAAAAUUGGUCAUGCCAACUUAAUGCUACUGGCCAGUGGUGCAGAAGUGAGAAAGUAUGUAAAACACCAUAAGUGCUUUCAAGGAGAGAUUGUUUGAAAGUGUGUCCCAUUAUCCCCAAGAUUAUUUUGGCCCGCCCUCCAGUUUUUCACCAACGUUUGACCAACAUUUGACCCCUGUUUUCAGUGCGUUAAUCUCGGAUGUUGGUAAUGCAAAUGAAAAAAAAAUGAAAACAUAGAGGGCACUUUCGUCUUCCAGUGUUGUUUUGCUGUUGCCAAGUAUUUAUGUGUCCUGCAUCAUUGGGAAUCCCUACAUUACCUUGGAGCUCCUGGCUUUGGCCUAUACUGCCCAUACCAGCAGCCGACCCUGAGCCUAUUUCAUUGUAGGGGCCUGUUUCACAAAAGUGAUUUGUGAGCAGUGCUUGCACACAGAUGGCAAAUGGUGCUACCAUUUUGUUUCAGCUUCCCCUGGUCUCCACCCCUUCUUCCCACCCACCUGUCAAUAAGUACCUUAUUGUUGUACUGAUGUACUUUACAUAUUCAUGUCUGUCUACUUUUUUUCAUCUCUUCCGUAGAAGCAGGAACCUACUGCAUGUUAUCACUCACCAUAUUUACUGUAGACUGUUUGGAUGCAGAGGAUAAAACAUCACACUUGGUGUAGGGAACUCAUCCAGUUGUGGUCUUGCAGCUUUUGAGGUCAAUUUUGUGACAUUAUUUUUUCACUUGUGUAUGUAGAGAUUGUAAAAAUGACAUUAGAACUGCAAACAGUCAUGAUAAUGAGUAUGCAAACUGUGACAAGCAGACAGCUUUGGACUGUGGACGUACAGAAUACUGUGGUUAAACCAGAUGUGAUUUAUUUCAUUUGAGUCUUUUUCCUCUAAGUGUAAUUUUGAUGAACAGAAGUUGUGUAACAAAGACAAAAGAAAGGGUGAGAAAAAAACUAAGAGAUAAUAACAUUAAAAAAAUAACUAUUUUGAAUUAAAUGAAGUUAGCUUAAUAAAGAAGAAUGAAGAGACAAAUAUUCAUUAUUAAGUUUCUGCUUUUCUUGUAUUUACUGUAUGUUCUGAGCCAACAUUGAUCCACAUAGAGGUAUUUAUAGUGAUAUUUGCAGUUUUGAUGACAGCUGAGAUAUGAAAGAGUUUCCUGUACUGUGACAAAAUGUUACUGAUGAAAAGUCUAACAGAGUGAUAGAGUUAUACAACCCAAGAUAGGUUAAAGUCAAUUAAUGAUUUCAUCCCAGAACGAAUAAGUGUUUCUCAGUUUGUUUGUUAGUUGUUUAUUUUUUGGUGAUUUGGUACAUUUUAGCUUUUAUUGAGAGGAGACAGUAGAGUCAGACAGGAAAUGAGGAGAGAGAGAGAAUGGGGUGACAUGCAACUAAGAUCUGCUGGAAUCAAACUGGACAUAAAUGUUGUAGUUUUGUGGUAUGAGUCUUAACCAGUACACUACAGGGAUGACCAGUAUGUUAGUGUUGUUAAACAUGGUGAAUGUACCAACCUGCAGUUGUUUCCUCUAAUUUAUUUUCACUCCAAAACAUAGUCAGAGUGCACAAUCUGUAAACAAAAUAUAAAAUAUGCAGAUGAUUCAUAAAAUGGUUUGGUCAGACAUGCAAACCUCCUUGUUCAAAAUCAGAGAGCACAGAGUUAUUCAACUGGUGGGAUGUCAAGUGCAGAAGACAAAACAUCCUAGACCAAUGUCUCUGUACCUUAAAUUACUGAAAUAACUGUAUGAAUUUCUGUGGCAAUGACCUCACAUCAUCAUGUAAAAAUAUUUACAUAUAGUACAUUGCUAGGACUUGCAUAUUCUGAAAAAAAUUACUCUUUGAUGAAAUAUAGAGCUGUAAUGAUUAGUUGAUUAUAUUUAUUGGAAUUUUGAUAAUCAAAUUAUUGUUUCAAUCAUUCUUCAAGCAAAAAGAUCAAAUAUUCUCUGGUUUCAGCUUUUUAAACAUUGUGAUUUGCUCCUUUUCUUUGUCAUAUGCAACAGUACAUUAAAAAAUCUUAAGGAUUUAGAUUGUUGGUCGGAAAAAAAUAGGAAACUGAAGAAUAAUUGUUAGUUGCAGCCCUGAAGAAAUAUUAUUAAGAGAAAAUGUAACCAAGACACCUUUUUUAUGGUUAUAAUAUACACUGUAUUUGUGUGAACUUGCACCUCAAGACUUUAGUGAUGUCACUUAACAAUGUUAUGUAGAUAUUAAAAAACUUCCAUAACCUGAUCUCUCAUACAACAGGUUUCACUCUGAAGAAGAAGAAGAUUUCUACAUCAACACCUCACAGAUGGAAAGCUAUGAUUUCAGCAAUUUCACAUACGACUACAAUGAUUAUGACUUCAACUAUUAUUUUAACAAUGAACUCUACAAUCCCUAUUAUGGUGAACCAUAUAUUAUGUAUGUGAUAACAUGCGUAAUCAUUAGUAUCGGCCUUCCUUUGACUCUUGUGGCCAUCUACUUUCUUUAUUCCCAGGUGCAAAAUAACAAUGUUGCUCCAAUCUUCAUCAUCAACCUCCUCAUCUCUGACAUCAUUCAGCUCUGCUGCAUGAUCGUCAAACUGGCAAAACCUAUGGGCUGGAACAUCUAUGAAAUCCUCUUUAAUAUUUACUACUAUAGCGUGCUGGCCAGUGUUGGCUUCAUGGUCUGUGUCGCCCUGGAAAGGUAUUUGCUCAUCGCAUGGCCACUGUGGUACCGCUUCAGUGGAACUAUCAAGAACUCUCUUGUAGUCUGUGUCGUGAUCUGGAUCCUUCCUCUUGUUCAUGUCCUUGUUUUAAUUUCUCCUCGUGAUUAUAGGGUCAAAAUCACCAUUUUCUCCAUCUUCUUCCUCGUUCCUUUCCCACUGCUCAUAUUCUUCCUGGGUGGAACCCUCAAAUCGCUGUCUGCUGCCAUCUCGGUCUCCUCUGAUGAAAAACGACGAAUUGUGGGAAUGUUGGUCCUGGUGCUGCUCAUCUACACGAUGCUGUUUCUACCCAACAUCAUCUGGUUUCUGGUAGAAGCCCCUUAUAAUCCUACCUUCACCAACCUUAGUUUCAUGCUUCUUAGGUCCAGUCCUCUUGCAGACUUGAUUCUGUAUGUUUUCAUGAGGAAAGGGGCCAUAGACAAGCUUUUGGCCUCUCUGUGUUGUUGCAGAAUGGACAGUGAUGAUAACAGCAGAUCAUCAGCAUGAAAGACAACAACAUGUACACAGUCAACUCCAUGCAGGCAGAGAAAGAGGGAGAAAGAAAAGGGAGAAAACAGAUGUUAACUGUAAUGUGUCUGAAUGUUCACUAAAAUGCACUUAAACUAGCAAACAAGAAAUAAAUAAAGUGUUUGCUGUAUGACAACAAAGGCCAUCAGAAGUAGAUAAAAAAAAAUCAUUGUUUUGAUUAUGUUGUGAGAGAAGUGGUUAGUGGGAACAUGUUUUUAUUUGUUUUUUAGCUGGAAGUUGAUAUCUAUCAUUAUCAUCCUUUGAAGCGGACAUAACAUGCUUUUUGUGUUUUUCUGUCAUUUAUAUUCAUAAUUUAAAUCUGCCAAGGGGCAGCU